AUGCAUUGCCAAAAAAAGACUUAUGCGAUAAAAACCAGUAGAACGCAUUUAAAAAAACAUACCUUAUCAUGUUUUAAUUCUCCACUAAACGAAACUCGGACUGAGGAGCUCAAACCAACUACUAAAGAAGAUGUAGAUAAUUCAAUAAUGGACAUGGUUAUUGCAACAGGAGCGUCGUUCAAUAUUCUUAAUAAUCCAUCAUUUCGUAAAAUGGUUAGAAAUCUUCGCUAUGUUACACCUUCAUAUAAAAUCCCACAUUCAACUACAAUAUCCCGACAUAUUACCGGCAAUAUAUUUGACUUGAGAUUAAAAUUUAUUAAAGAUGUUUUGGCCAAAACUUCUGGACAAAUUUCACUCACGUGUGACGGUUGGCACUCAACCGUCCAUAAGUGUCAUUAUACUGUUAUCACAGGAUCCUGGAUCAGCGAUGAUUGGAAAAUAGUUAAUAUUGUUCUAAGCUUUCAAAAGUCGGGACAAACAGCGAAAGAGAUAACAUCAGAAAUAAUGAACACAUUAAAAAAUUACUCCAUUGAAAAAAAAAUAUUUGCACUUACUAUGGACAAUACUACUACGAAUAAAGCAGUAAAUCGACUGCUCCAAAAUGAGUUGCCAGAUACAGAAUUAAUUUCAAUAGGAUGCAUGUGCCACAUUCUUAACUUAAUUGUUAAAGAGGGUUUGAAAGAAAUUAGUAUAUUACAUAAAGAGGUCCAUAAAGUCAUGAAAUUCUUAGCUAAUCCCCUUGCCAGUAAUAGAAUAGAAGUAUUAGAAUCGCAUUGUAGAAUUUCUGGAAUAAACUUUUUGAAGCCUAUUCUUGAAAUUGAUACGCGUUGGAACUCCACACUAGCGAUGUUCGAGAGAUACCUUCACCUGCAUCCAGCCAUUCAAGAAAUGUGUUCUAAAGAACCAUCAAUGCCCACUUGUUUGGACAAUGAAAGCCUAAUAGUUCUCGAGUCCUUCUGCCAGCUUCUGAAACCAUUUGAAAUUGCCACGUCAGUUCUUUCGAAAGAACAGUCGAAUUCAAUUUCUGACGCACUAACGUUUGAGCACUUAAAAGCAACACUUAUUGAAGUUGGUGGAUAUAAAGAUAGUGACGCAGAAAUAUUUGUCAACGAUAUUCGCAAAAAAGUUCAUUCAUAUGGAAUGAAAUAUUCCAGCACAAGUAUUUCAGAUUAUGUUGAAAUUGAUGAUAACAAUGAAAAUAAUUCUACGUCCAAUUCCUUAUUUCCUAUAAGAAGAACUUCAAAAAGACGAAAACGAGUAGAUACAGUCGAAUAUGAAUUAGAACUAUAUGAAAGUGAAUCUCUUGGAGAUUUAAAAAAUAAUGGAAUAAAACUUUGGGAAUUAUUGCUUGGUAUAAAAACUGAAACAAAAGAUUAUGAUAAGUUAUCAAACCAACGAUAG